AUGCUGAACACGGUGUCCAAGAUCCGGGGGCAAGUGAAGAAUCCGGGCUACCCACAGUCGGAAGGCCUCCUCGGCGAGUCCAUGAUCCGUUACGGCAAGGAGCUGGGGGACGAGUCGAAUUUUGGUGAUGCGCUGCUUGAUGCUGGAGAGUCCAUGAAGCGCCUGGCUGAAGUGAAGGACUCCCUGGACAUCGAAGUCAAACAAAACUUCAUCGACCCCCUUCAGAACUUAUGCGAUAAGGACUUGAAAGAGAUCCAGCACCACCUGAAGAAGCUAGAGGGCCGGCGCUUAGAUUUCGACUACAAGAAGAAGCGCCAGGGGAAGAUCCCCGAUGAGGAGCUGCGGCAAGCCCUGGAGAAGUUCGAGGAGUCUAAGGAGAUCGCGGAGACGAGCAUGCACAACCUCCUGGAGACUGACAUCGAACAAGUGAGCCAGCUCUCGGCACUGGUGGAAGCUCAGCUUGUCUACCACAAGCAAGCGGUGCAGAUCCUGGACGAGCUCUCAGAUAAGUUCAAGCGAAGAGUGAUGGAGGCAUCCUCACGCCCCAAGCGGGAGUAUAAACCGAAGCCCCGAGAGUCGUACGAGUUUGGAGAGUCCGACCAAUCCAACGGAGGCUUUUCCUGCAACCCUGCCCCCAAAGUUGCAACAGCUUCCUCCUCUUUCCGAUCCGAAAAACCAUCCCGGACCCCCAGCCGGAAUUUUUCUCAUCUCGACCAGCCCUGCUGCAAGGCGCUGUACGAUUUUGAGCCCGAGAACGACGGGGAGCUGGGCUUCAAAGAGGGCGACGUCAUCACGUUGACCAAUCAGAUCGACGAGAACUGGUACGAGGGCAUGAUCAACGGCCAAUCGGGCUUCUUCCCGCUCAACUACGUGGAAGUGCUGGUCCCGCUACCUCAGUGAGGCAGCGGUCUCGCUCGGCUUCCUGUUCCGGGUUUUCGGUCUCCGUUCUUGCCUCCCGCCGCACCAAGAACGCUUACGGGGGGGUGGGGGGGUGGGACAUGGAAGUCUGGACUUCCUUCUUUACAUUCCGAGUGGUAACCUGACACUAAUUUUUCCCCCCGUCCAGCCGGUGGAAACGGAAGGGUUGAUUGUAUCGGCACAAGGCUUAGUGGAAGGGAACAGGCCCCGGGUGGGUAGGGGUAGGGGGCGGGCACGAAACACAAGCGAGGUUAAGUCUUAACCCCGCACGUCCCCCUCGUCUUCCCCAUUUUGGGGUGCUUGAAUAGAGACGUCAAGCCAUACAGGGCCUGCACUUGUCCAUUGUGUGCCUCUUGUUGUCCCUUUGUUGAUUUUUCUUUUGUUCCUCUCCCCCCGCCCCGCCCCCAUGAAGCACACUGCCAGAGUUGGAAACUUGGGGUGCACGGCUUGGUUUGUGGAUCCCCUUGGGUGUGCGCGUGGGCCCUGCCAUUGUGCGGUCUGCCUGUCUGUCCCGAAAGCACAGGGUGAAUUUCUGAACUUAUUGCGGAGCACAUUAAACACUACCGGAGAACAUCCCCGUCUUCUGCCGCCGCCGCAGGGGGCGGAAGGAGUCGCAGCCAUCCUGGAUUUCCAUUUUGAUUUGCUCCCCCCUCCCCCCCGCCUCUUUCAGGUUAUACGUAUACCUAGUAGAAUUCUUCUAGGGAAAUAGAUACGUGUUUGUAUGCGAAGGAAGGGACUGAGUUCUUAUUCUCACUGAGAUCUGGGCUGUACCGUUUCAGACCACAGAUGGGGAUUCGAAGCGUCGAAUGCUUCUUCAUACCAAAAGUAAUUCCCCACCAAUAAAAAAACCACAAGGUUGUCGGGCAAAAAGUGAAGCUAGAAUCCUCCUUCUUGACGUUCUGGUAUUCUGCCCACAGGAAACUUAUUUUUGUAAUACGAACGUUCGAUCUGAUGUGGGGCUGACCCGCCCUCGUGAGAACGUGACCCAGAGAUGAGAGUUUGGAGACCAAACUGGGAAGGAGCAUGAGGAGAAACGGUUUGGGGUACCUAACGAUAAUUGGCCCGAACUUGGGCCUCCAAGCCGCUUCGCCGUCGCCUCCUCAGCAUCUCCCUUCUCUCAUCUUCGGGUCGCGGCCAGUGUUGUGGUCUCAUCCGCCACGUUGGGCGUGUGAGGAACCGAGUGCCGGCAGCCAUACUGAACCAUCUGGUGCCUGCGUAGGUGCCAGGCCCCGUGGCAACGUGCUCAGGGGGGCUUAAGUUAGGAGGCCCACCUCCAACUUAAGUUCAGCAUUCUUGUUGGUCCACCUGUGGUGACCUUUUGAAAAUCCUGGGCCCUCACGUUUCCGGUACUUUCUCCCGGUUCAGAACCUGAGGUCUUGGCCUCCAAGGAGGCUGUCUGCCCGCCCGGAGUCCCCCCACUCGUCCCGGUCCAACGUGCCUUGUCUUGACUUCCUUGAAAACCGGGGUCCCGUCCACAGAGGAGGAGCCUCCAAUCGUUCCGUCCACACCAAUGUCCCCGGUCUCCAAACUGGACCCAAUCUUGUCCCAUUCACCACCACCGUGGUGUUAAUUUCCACUCGUAACAAAUGGGUCAAAACCAGUUUGCCACCACUUCCCACAAAGAACCCCAAGCCCCCGAUACAAAAAUGUCCUAUGUCGGGGUCCUAAGUUGGGAAGCCAGGGCUGUUGGGGCGGCUCGUGCUUUGGUUCUACAUCCCCUAAGGGGACACGGAGGCAGGCGGCUCUGUGGGCAAAGAAAACGUAAUGAGAGUACUGACACAUUCCAGUCGGGGUCCCGGAAGUAGCGUUCCUGGAUCUGUUCCUCGGGGGCUGUCUCGUGACGUAACUUCCCUGUCAAGUGAGACAGCGUCGCCGUCUCCCGCUAUAUUGUCGGGACCCCCCGCUCACCUGGCAGAGCAGCAAGAUGGCGCUUCGAUCCUUACGUCCGUUUGUCACUUCGACACAGGUCAAGUGGAAAUCUGACCUGGGACCGAAUCCUCGUCCAUUGGAACAGACAUACGUAUGACCCGGAAGCGGGCCGCGAUCCUUCAGAGUGUGCCAUUUUGCACGAUGAGUGGAACGUAUUUUUAGUUUCUCCCCUCUCCCUGAUAAUGCAAGUUCCAUGCCUGUAGAAAGCCAGCGUGUCAAGGAAAGGAUCCUACUCUAUCCUUUCCCCCCCAAUGUAAGUUUCCUACAUGCAGGGAGAUCUUUCUAACCCCCCCCCCCAAUGCAAAGACGUAGUGCCCCAGCAGCCGUUCUUAACGUCUAUCACCCGUGUCCGUGCCCUGUCCGCCGUCAGAAGCCCUUGUGGAUUUUUUAACUCCUGUACUGAAAAUGCGGGCUGGCCGGUAGGGUUGAUUCUGCCAUUCCUUAACGAGAUAAAUACCUGUACAUAGAAGCAUCCGUUGGGAAGCAGAUCCCCCCCCCUUCCCAGCCUGCACUGGCGUAGGCCGACUUCCAGGCUGUGUGGCGUCAGGGGUCUGAAGCACUUAAAUACUUCUUUGCACCUCCACCCCCCCAAGAAAUUACCUUUCGUCCGGAUUCAGCCUGGAGCUGGGGCUUGGGGUUCUGCAGUGAGCUCUGCGGAAGAAUGGGUUUCAGUGGACUAGCGACGGCUGAUCUAGUAGCCCUUCCAGCGAUGAAAAGAUGUAUUUUUCUCCCCCACGCGAGUCCCGUUACACCCUCUCACUGCAGGCAGUGGGAUCAAACACAGCCAACCGUUGAUUCGGGAGAUGUUCUGAGAUGGGAAUCUUGCCAUUGGCUUCCUUCCACUCCCCCCAUUCCCGGGGGGGGGGGCUGGGUUUUUAGGGUGGGUGAGCAUCUUGCUCUUACCUGCACACCUUUCUCUGUAGUUCAAAAGAUGUUCUUCUGCGGCACACGCUCUCUCUUUUUUUUUUGGAGGGGGGGAGAAACUAGUUUUUUAUCAGGCUUUUUAAUGCAGAGACCUGGCGUUUUAUAAAAGGGGUGGGUGGGGAGGGCAGGGAACCGUGGGACUUGUUUUUCUCCCCCCACCCACCCACUUCCCAGCAGAUCUUUCCAUUUCUUGCCUUUUCCCGAUUUUCUUUCCUCGUGGGAUCCCCGCCCCGCCCCUGUAACUCCAGUAUUGAGAGACCUGCAAUAUUUAUAUACAGUAUAUAUAUCGAAAAAUAAUAUUUCAUUGUAAUGAAUUCUUUUUCCCCCCCAGCCCUGGCCCAAGGGUUUCCUAAAUGCUGCUUUGAGACGAAAAUUCGCUUUCAGAACUCAGUAUCUUUUCUAACCCUGUCCCCCGUCCCACCCCAGCAGGUUCAUGUAAAAAUAUCUUGGUGGUAUAUAUGUUCUGCCUCCUCCCCUCUCCACUCCUGCACAUGCCCC